UACCCUUUAGUCCUUUAAUCACAAAUAAAGCUCUUCAAACAAAUGAAUCGAUUCCCAACACUUUUGUAUAAACACGGAAUAAUAAAAGCAAGUAUUUUCCCACAAUGACGGACUUUAGCAUUGCCAAGUUCAAUAAUUAUCAGGAGUAUCUGCACUCCUUCACCACCGUCGAGGACUUUCGCUACUUGCCCUUCCACAAAACAGUCACCACCCUCACGAAGCUUGGCUAUCGGGAGCACCGUACCUUCUAUGAGGAGGAUGAGUUCCUGAACGUGAAGAAGCAGGUGGAACAGCUCCUGAAUCCCACGGUCUCUGCCCAGAUAUACUACAGUCAGUAUUUCAGUGGAACCGAUCCUGCUCUUUGGGCUCUGGCCGAACGCGAACACGUCAAUGUCCAGCAGGAGAUAUCGACCAUUAUCUUUCUGGAAAUAAGUGGCAGGAGCGGGUUCUCCAAGUCCGGCUAUAUAGACUUUGAGGCCAGUCUGCGUAACUAUAGGUUCAAGGGACCAAAUGCAGUUGACUGGCGUGCAGUCUUCGAGGAGCGAAAGUUGCUGAAGCCCCAGCCGAGUGACAUAGUCUUCUACGAUUGGAAGACCAGGAAGAUCUUUGCGAAUGACAACGACAAUUACACGGUGGUAGCUCACCCGGAGCACGGGCUUAUGUUCACGCACAAGGGUGACCACAAGAACAUUCCAGUCACCACCAAAAAGAAUCCCUUCUCCAGCAACGUAAGGCGCUCCAUGAUCAGAUCGAAUCUGUACGGAUUCAUGAUAUUAUAUGACCACCAUGUGCGCAAGAAGACUUAACUAAAUCCGUCCUGUUUUAAGGUUUGGCUUUACAAAAAUGGAAUUUCUGGGAUAUACAAUGAGGAAUACUAAUUUUUUAUCCCCUCCAAUAACCGUCAUUCAUUUAAUAUUAAUGUCAUCUGAUAAAAGCUAAUGCUUGCAACGCUUGAGCAAGCAAAAUUCCA